AUGGAUCUGAUCAUGCAGGGUGCUCCUAAAGUUCCGGUACGUCAAGAAUUACACUCGGAAUUGAAUAAAGAAAACAUCAUCUGUGACGACGGCAAUCGUCUCAUCAACAGUAUCCCUGAAGACCUCAGCCUUCAGCUGGCUCUGCUACUGACGAGACAGAGACCAUUUUCACAGUAUCCUGAAGACCUCAGCCUUCAGCUGGCUCUGCUACUGACGAGACAGAGACCAUUUUCACAGUAUCCUGAAGACCUCAGCCUUCAGCUGGCUCUGCUACUGACGAGACAGAGACCAUUUUCACAGUAUCCUGAAGCCCUCAGCCUUCAGCUGGCUCUGCUACUGACGAGACAGAGACCAUUUUUCACAGUAUCCUGA